CACCCACGCGCUCGAAAGUCGACUAAUCCGGCCCCGACCACCUUUGUUACCCCAGACCGUCCCUUUAGCCACAGUGUGGUCCAUCAAGCCUGGCGACGUCUUCCUUCUGUGACACCCCCAACUUUUCGGGAAUUUAGCCAUGCUUCACUUCCGUUGACCGAUCCUGUGCUCCGACACAUCUACCGUGAUCCACCUGCCAGUCAACCGUCCCUCAAACGUUCAUUACCUGAGGAUGUUUACCAGACACCAGAUGGACUACCCGUCACACCCACUGGAUCUCAAGAGUAUCUCAACGCUGCCAACGUCUUGAGAUCUCUCUCACGCGCUCCGUCCUCAUCCUCACUGUAUUCAGCUUCUCCUCUAGGAUGGCCUCGAUCCUGUCCACCCGGACUCCGAUCGACCAGUGGUACUUACUCUGACAUGACCACCAGCCAACGAUCAAUUACUCCAGAAGGAUCUCCCGUGCCUAACAGAUCGCAUCACCCCACCAAGUCUCUUUCAGAACUUGAAGAAGAAGAGGCUCAAGCAAAUGCAGCUGAGCUGAUGCUUUUCCUCGCCGCUGGUUCACCUAGUCCUACACGCAGGCCGGCUCCUGAAACAUCUACCCCUUCUGCGCAAACCAUCCCGGACGAAGCGGCUACUUCUCGUCGGUUAUUUGAUAUGAACAGGAAUCG